AGAUGGCGUCAAGCCCUCCAAUUUACAACCUCGAACAAUAUGGUACCAACUGCAGUGAAGAAUAUUCAAAUUUUUACGAAAAUUCCAAAUACUGGAUCCAAUGUCUCUGGUUAAUUCCGACACUUUUCUUAUUAGUUUGGAUUAUCAUUACUACAAGAGUACGGUACCCAUCACAAUACAGUAAUCUACCAUAUUGGAUUCUAACUGCUGAUUGUGUUGUUAGCAUAAUCCUCAUAUUGCUCGACUUAUUUGUUGUUCGACUUUUUCUAUAUUUCCCUCAGCUCUGCUCAAAAUUCUCAACAAUUUUCAUAAAUUAUCCAAUUAUCAGUGAUAUUUAUUUCCCCAUCUACAAUUAUGCACGGGUAUUCAAGACAGGAUCACAGUGUGGAAUGAUUUUAAGUAGAUUGUUUUGUGUUCUUAUCCCAUUUGGACAUGAUGAGAAGUUAAGAAGACAUAUUCCACUAUUUUUAACUAUCAUCUGCAUACUCCCAAUCCUUGUGGUUUGGAAUACAGUCAUUUCAGAAAAAGAAGUGGUUUUUUGGUAUGGAGGAUUUUUUGUCAUUUAUCAUAGAAGAGUCGGCUGGGUCAGCCUAUCCAAGCUUCAUUUAACUUUUAUUUUCGUUUCCAUCAGCUUUAUCCUGAUAUCAUCUCUACUUCUAAUGAGACAUCUUCCAAUAGAAAGUGCUGUAAAUGCGGAGAGACGAGUUAUUACAAAUUCUAUAUUCAUCAUUGUUGCCUUCUUUUUUCAAGCAGCGUUCCAGAGUUUUUAUGCGUUUUUUCGAUACACUGAUUGGUACCCAAGAUUUCUCGUCGAUUUUCAAUUCAUUAUCUACGAUGUAAUGACUGUUGGCUAUCCACUGAUAUUUCUUAAUUUUGCCAAAGAAUUUCGAAAUCACGUGUUCCUAAAAUCAAACAGAAAAGGUAGAACUCUAAUGGAACUUCGAUCAAUGUCAAAACCAUUCAACAACACAAUGCCAAGACAAGAAUCACCAAGUCCUAAUUAUGAUAGUAUUCUCGCAUAAUUUCUUUAUUGUAAUUUGCAGUUUGA